GUGACCUUCUUUGGUCGGUCAGCUGACCGUCAUCAAAUCGUGUUUCCUCAGCGGGCACAUGGCUAAGACAGACCGACAGACAGACCCGAAAUCUGUAGAGAGUUAGUUAACUAACCAAUUAGUUAAUUGAUUGCUAAGGAAUGAAGACUGAUCAACUGAUGGCUAGGAAUGCAGGCACACAAACUAAAUUAAUCGAAAGAUACACUGACUUGCUGAUAGAAUAAUUAAACCAGUUGAUUGAUAAAUAUAUAGAAGAAAUGAUCGAAAGAUUGACUAAGCAAGCUGAGAGAGAGAGAGAUUACUAAGCUGAUGGCGAGAGAAUUUAGUCUAGUAGAUGAUAGAAUGAUUGACAGACUGACAAAUAGACGAGUUGUUUAUUUGUCUAUAAGUACAGCUCACACCGAGAAGCAAUGCAUACAACAAGAAUAACAACGAAAUGAAAUAAGAAGAUAGAAGCAGUGAGAAAGGGUAAUAAAACUCCGAAAUAGAUUCGUCCUGGCACAGAUUGUUUGUGAAGGACAACCUCAGCAACAACUAGAAGCAGACGACGACGGUGACAGUCACAGCGAUGUCAACACAAGAACCACCAGAUUUAUACAGGGACACGUACGUCCGAUAUCUCGGCUAUGCAAAUGAAGUUGGUGAGGCAUUCCGGGCUUUGGUCCAUGUGAACGUUGUCCGUUUCAGCUAUGUCGUAGCUUGUAGCUACGUCAUAGCUGAUGCUAACCACAAGGGACAAAUCGCUGCUAAAAAAUCUGACGAAUCAAAUGUCACGAAGAACCGUAUGAUAGCCAUGGCAGACACAGUUGUUUGGCAAGGGCUGGCAUCCGUAGCAAUUCCUGGAUUUACUAUCAAUCGAUUAUGUGCCGGUACUAAUUACAUGCUGAAGAAGACAGCUUCGUUACCGGUCGGUAUUCGUCGGUGGACCACAACUUUUGUUGGUCUCGGUUGUAUUCCUUUCAUUGUGAAACCCAUCGAUCAUUCCGUCGACUUCAUGAUGAAUAACAGUCUGAGGAAGAUGUAUGUCGCAAAGCCGGAACCGAAGGGUGUGUUUCACCAUGAGAGAGCUGAUUAGAGGCAGAAAACGGGUAGACAGUGUGUGUAUAUGCGUGAGGUGUGUGUGUGUGUGAGAGAGAUUUCGAUAUAGAUGGAUAGAUAAACUAACAAACACACACAAAAAAAAAAAAAAAUUAAAAACAAAAGCAAAAAGCAUUAUUUAAUUUCUUUUGAUCUAAUAUUUUUUUUUUUUAAUUGGUUUGAACCAUGAAAAAUAAUUGGGAGCUUUGGCAGAGGAAGAUGGGCAACAGUCAUGACCUUUUUUUAUAGGGCUUCCAAGAUUGGUAACAGGCUUGCAACAAAGUCAGAUCUGCCAAAGCACCCUCAAUGACAGAUGAUGCUGGUCAUGCUUGAGCACCAGUCACAUGUCAUACAUACACACACAUGCACAUAUACAUUUGUUUUUUUUCUGCUAUAGGCACAAGGCCUGAAAUUUUGUGGUUAGGGAUCUUGUGGAUUACAUCAACCCCAGGGCUCAACUGAUACUUAUUUAAUCAGCCCUGAAAAGUUGAAAGGCCAAAUCAACUUUGGCAGAAUUCGAACUCAGAAUGUAAAGUUGAUAGAAAUGCUGCUAAGCACUUUGCCCAGCACUAUAACGAUUCUGCCAGCUUGCAACCUUAAUGAAAAUAAUAAUAAUCCUUUCUAAUAUAGACACAAGGCCUAAAAGAUUUUAGGAAGGGGCCUUGUUGAUUACAUCAACCUAGAACUCAACUGGCACUUAUUUUGUUGACCCCCAAAGGAUGAAGCACAAAGUUGAUCUUAGGAGAAUUUGAACUCACAACGUAAACACUCUGCUAAGAAUUUUGUCUGGCAUGCUAGCAACUCUACCAGCUUGCUACCUUAAUAAUGGUUUCAGAUUUUGGCACAAGGCCAGCAAUUUUGGGUGUAAGGGUAAGCUGAUUACAUCGACCCCAGAACUGAACUGGUACUUAUUUUAUCAAAUACCUGUUGAGUAGCGAGUACGAUGUAAUCUACUUCCCCCCACCCACGAAAUUGCUGGCCUUGUACCAAAAUUUGAAACCAUUAUUGCCUCCUUAAUAAUAAUAAUAAUAAUAAUAAUAAUAGCGAUAGUGAUAAUAAUAAGGGAUGUCAGAAACAUCUAGACAACAUCCCAGGAGAAACAUGUCUCAGAGAAAUCCAAAAGAUUGUUCUGACAAGUACUGCCCACGUCCUUAGAAUAACCCUAUCAAUUUAAUUGUCUGUGUUGUAUUACAUGGAGAUAUUUCGUUACUGCCCCUGUCACUUCCCCUCCCCAAGCUUUCAAUUAUGCUGUAACAUAUAUUAUCCUUCGUUUGCCCUAUGGCACUGAGUGUGUCUCGGCGAGUGAUUGUGACAAACAUGCAGAUUACAAGUAAAUAAUAAUAAUAAUAAUUACAACAGCAUUGCAGUCAUCGAUGGAAACUGCCAGCUUGCUACCUUCAUGCACAUGCAUAAUAAUAAUAAUAAUAAUAAUAAUAAUAAUAAUAAUAAUAAUAAUAAUAAUAAUAAUAAUAAUAAUAGAUCUCCAUUGGUUUUGACAAUGAGUAUUCAGUUAUUCAAUCAACUAAAUUUGCCUAUAAGCGGUUGAGUAUUCCAUAGGCACAUGCAUUUUUAAUGUAUUCUCAGGCUGAAUCAGCAUGACACAAUAUGUGACUAAGGCUGCUUCCUUAAAUUUCAGGUGUAAUCCAUUCAACAGGCUUCCUCACGAUUUCCAUCUACGUAGUUUCACUCACUUGGGUUGAUCAUAAGUUAUGGUUAAAAACCUUGCCCAAGAUGCUGAUCACUCAGAUAUAACAUGGACACUUGUGAUUGUGGAGUAAACAUUUUAAACUGUUUGACCAUGUUGUGGCCAUAACACACACACACGCACACAUAAACCAUGAACAUCUUAGCCAGUACGCACAAAUUUGUGACUGUUAUAUCCUGACUGGGAUAUUCUUCCAAUCUGUGAUAGUAAAUCAUUAUUUUCAUUAGAUCCUAACUAAUCAAUCAAUUUAUACAUACCAUUAAUUAAUUAACGAAGGAAUAGAAACUUCGAAACCCAAACAGGAAUUAAUUACCUUGGGUUUUAUUUUGUUUUUUUUUACACAAAUUGGGUCAAUUUCGUUAUUAUUAUUUUUUUUUUGGUGUCCUUAAAUAUUUGAUACAAAAGUUUAAAAUUGUAUGUAAAUAUAUAUAUAUAUAUAUAUAUAUAUGCUAAUAUCGAACAGUGUGAAUGAGUGCUCUACACUUGUGGGUUGACAAGGCUACCAUUGGUUUCAUGAAACAUGCUUGAUAAUUGCUGAGAAAUUUUCUCUCUGCAUGAAAUAAAUGGUAGCCUUGUUCAUCCACAAAUAAAAAAGAAAAGCAAAUAUGUACACACACACACACACACACACACACACACACACACAUGUAUGUAUAAUUCUAAAUGAUUGUUACAGAAGACAUAGUGUACUGGAAGCUUUAUUUAUCUCAACAAUCAUUUCAGUAUACCUCUGCACUGCUCCCUUGUGGGUGGGGAAUGAUAUAAUGAAAGCGAAUGUUCUCCCCAGUGCAGAAGAAACCUCAUCAGGUGACAUAAUAGGCUUCAAAGUUAUAAAAUUUGCCUUUCGCUUACAGGUGUAGCUGGAUGAUGUUGGUAGUAGUCGGCUCUCAUAUCUAAACUUUAAUUUUGAUUAUAACCCAUAUCAGCAUCAUCAUCAUCAUUGUUUAACGUCCAUCUUCCAUGCCUGCAUGGGUAGGACAAUUGACAGAAGCUGGCCAGGUAGAAAAACUACCCUAGGCUACUGUGUCUGUUUUGGCAGGGAUUUCAUGGCUGGAUGCCCUUUUUAACACCAACCGCUCUGCAGAGUGGACUCAGUGCUUUCUACGUGACACUAGCACACGUGAGGCUAGUUUUGGCAUGGUUUUUACUGCUGGUUGCCCUUCCAAACGCCAACCACAUUAGAGUGUGGACAGGAUGCUUUUUAUGUGACACCAGCACUGGCAAGGUAACCAAGUAACUUGCAAGACAUUAUCAUUUAAUAUUCAUUUUCCAUGCUGGCAUGGAUUGGACUGUUGACAGGAGCUGGCAACCCAGAAGACUGCACCAGGCUUCACUGUCUGUUUUUGUAUGGUUUUUAUAGAUAUAUAUAAAGGGCAAAAAAAAAAAUGGUUGGUAAGUAAUACAUUUGACAUGUGGCCUAAUGGUUAGGGUGUUGCAUCCAGGAUUGUUAGAUCCUGGUUUCAAUUCUUGGACCAGGCAGUGCAUUGUGUUCUUGAGCCAAACACUUCAAUGGACUUGCUUCUCACUCAGGGAGAACGUUGUAGAUCCUGGUACAUUAGCUGCCAUGGAAACCAAGUUAGUGGUCCUAUGAGUCCAAGAAAUUGAAACAUUAAGGUCCAAGCUUGAGGAUAAUGAUGAUGAUGAGUAAUCUCAAACCCUCCUCUUCCUAAUAUUCCAACAAUUGAGGUGGGGAGCAGGGUGGGUAGACAAGAAUUUCCUUUCCAAUGUCUUUAUUUAAACAACUGAUUUUAACAAUUUAUUGAACAUAUCUUUUUUCUAUUCAUUUAUCUCACAGACAAAUGCAGUGUGUGUGUAUAUAUAUAUAUAUAUAUGUGUGUACGUAUAUAUCUAUAUACGUGUAUGUAUAUAGAUAUGUAUGUAUGUAUAUAUGUGUCUGCGUCUGUAUGUAUAUAUAUAUAUAUAUAUAUAUAUAUAUAUAUAUAUAUAUAUAUACGUAACUGUCAAACAACACAAAUGAGUGCUCAAUACCACAUUAGUGAAUAAAAUUUUUAUGAAAAAAAAAUUUGUGAAGAUUUAUAAAUUCCCUUCUCCCCCAUCCUUCCAGACUGAUUUUGGCCAAUUCUUUUUUUUUUGCACUAUGUACUAAAAGAUAAUAAGAAAAGUCUUGAAGGUUAAAAAUGGAACAUUCUAGAAAUCAUUACAGUCACUACUUUCUUUUUAUUCAGACAGAAAAUGAAAUGAAAUUUAAAAACAAUAGUGACAUUUGAAACAAUUUUCUACUACCCCCACCACCACCUCCACCACCAACUCCUAAACUUUUGACAUCUUUUCAAAAUUUUUUAAAAUCAUUUUUUAAAAAUAAGAACAGUCUGAAUUUGCAAUUUGUUUCUGUAUAUAAUUUCAAAAUAAUUUCCAAACAAAAUAGUGUGUGAUUUAAGGGAGAUUUAGCUGUUGUUGCUUGCACAUCUCAUGACCACCUGGUACCUUUAUUUCUUUGUCACAUCUAUUGAUAUUUUGAAAUAUUUUUCUCCAUAAACGCAUUUUAUAGAAUGAUAAUGUGGUGGUCCAUUGCUGGGAUUUAAGCAACUGCAAAAACAAAUUUGUAAUUUAAAUUUUUUAGUACCCACCCCACACCAAGGAAGUCCAAGUUUGUGUGUGUGUGUGUGUGUAUGGAAAAGUAUGAUAAAGAAUUUGGUAAAUAACAGAGAAAGAGAUAGGUCUAUGGUGACAGAUAAUGAGCGGGAGAGUUAUUGAUCUCAAAGUUAUUUCUCAUAACAAAUUAUGAUUUUUGAUUAUUAUUUUUGGAUGACCUUCUCUUUGGGACACAGAUUUCAAAAAUCAAAUUCAUUUUUCUCAACGACACACCAUUUCGGAGCCUUUCAAGGCUAAACAGAGACGUAUAACCACAUACAUUCGCAUUUAUAUAGUAAUACGUAUAAAUAUGUAUAUAUAUAUAUACACUUGAAAGAUAUUCUUGGAGAUAUUUUUAUAGAUUUUUCUCAUUUUGGUUGAUUAAGUUUAAUACGAAACAAUUUUUUGUUAUAUCUUAACUUUUAUAAUAUUAAUUAUUGAAAACACAACAAAUUUUAAUAAACCGAUGGUAACCAAUCUCUUACUCACCCACCACAUUGAACAUU